UCUAACACACACACACAUUCUACACAAUUCAAAAGCUCUUGAUUUAUAUACACGUUCACUUACAUUUUUCAAAAACAAGAAUUAAAGCAUUAUGGUCUUCUUUUGUGGAUCUUGUCGAAGCCAAAAAGAAGACGAUCUUGAUGUGCUUUGGCCCUGUCCUACAACAUCUCCAAGAAAACCAACACGAAAAAAAUGCAUUUUUGGUAGUCGUCGACGACAACGUAGUACUAAAACCACUACUAACCCGUAUUCAAAUCGUGGGCUCGACAAGUUUGAGGCACUUUUAGCCGAACUUGACCUUAAAAGACAGAACAUAUUUAUACAAAAAGGAUCCGAAGAUGUGUCCAUGGUUAAAUUCAUUUACGAAAGCAAAAAUGAAGUCAAACCAAUUAUAGUCAGGUUACGAGAUCAAAGAAAACACGAUUAUUCUAGCUCCACGGAUAGUGUCACAGACUUUGAGUAUCAUAAAGAUGUCGGUUUUGUUAAAGAAAUCGAAGAAGCAUUAGAAACGAAACCAUCGAUUGAUGAGUGUAUUAAAAAGAUUAGAUUUGAUGAAUGGAAUAGAAAAAUCGGAGAAUGGUGGAAGCCUUCAUAUAGUUUGCCAUUGUUUGUUAUCAUAAUCUUGGUGUUGCUAUUAUUUUUUGGACGAUCUUUUGCGAUAUUAUGCACUUCUAUCGGUUGGUAUAUGGUUCCGAUUAUUAACAAGACGCAAGAUAAUUCAAAGAAGCCGAAAAGGAUCACGAAGAAAGAGUUCUUGAAAAAGUCAAAACCAUAAAACAAAACAAAAAAAAAGGGACCUUCGGAUGGAGCUAUGAAGUAGUAUUCGCGGUACAUUCUUUGAUUUUGACAAAUGACCCAAACAACUUCAUUUUUUCGGUUUGUUUUAGGGGAUAUUUCGAUAAUCUUGACGUUUUUUUUUUC